AUGCAAACAGAGGAAGCAAGAUAUUUGAAACGGAAAGUCAAGUGUGGCAGUAUUGAUGUCCAUCCUACAGAGAAAGCCUUGGUGGUCAAUUAUGAAUUGGAAGCUACUAUCUUAGGAGAGCUUGGUGAUCCAAUGCUUGGAGAAAGAAAAGAAUGUCAAAAGAUAAUACGUGUGAAAAACUUGAAUGAAAACACAGAUCUUUCUGCUUUGUCUCGGGAAAUUAUUGACAAAUGCAAACUAAUUUCUCCAAAUAAGUUGCCUGAGAUUGAACAAUUGCUAUAUUAUUUACAAAAUCGAAAGGAAUCCUCACCACCAAAGGUAGCCUCUGGAAAAACUCAGCUGUCUGACAAACCAUUGGAACCAGCAUUUAGUGAUGGUACAGAGUUGGAUGAAGAAGCAAAUCUUAAUGAUACAGAUGAAUACCUCGAACUUCUUUAUGAAGACAUACCAGAAAAGAUACGUGGUUCAGCACUUUUCUUACAGCUUGCUAGAAAUCCUGAUAACCUUGAAGAACUUUUCCAAAAUGAAACUGUUGUUGGUGCACUGGCACGGAUACUGAAGGAGGAUUGGAAGCGAAGUACAGAAUUAGCAACCAACAUAAUUUGUAUAUUCUUCUGUUUCUCUAACUUUUCCCAAUUUCAUGCGGUAAUACUUCAUUUCAAGAUCGGAGCCUUAUGUAUGACUAUUAUUGACCAUGAGCUGAAGAAAUAUGAUCUUUGGAAUGAAGAAAUACAAAAGAAAAGAAAAAGCAUGUCUGAAAUGGAAAAAGAUGAAAAGGGCAAGGCAAAAGAAGAAUAUGAAAAAAGCCUCAAGAAAUUUGAAAGCCUUGUCAAAAAACAAGAUCAGUUAUUACGAGUAUCAUUUUAUCUCCUUCUCAACUUGGCUGAAGAUCUUAAAGUGGAAAUGAAAAUGAGAAACAAAGGAAUUGUUCUCUUGCUUGUAAAAUGUUUGGACAGAAAUGAAAAUUAUGAAUUGCUAAUGUUGGUUGUGUCAUUUCUGAAAAAAUUAAGCAUUUUUAUUGAAAAUAAAAAUGAAAUGGCUGAUCAUGGAAUCAUUGAGCGACUGGCUCCUCUUGUUCCUUGUGACCAUGAAGACUUGCUAAACAUUACCUUGCGUCUACUAAAAAACCUUUCCUUUGAUGCUGAACAAAGAAACAAAAUGAUCAAAUUUGGUCUUUUACCAAAAUUGGUCAGUUUACUUAAUAAUGAAAAUCAUAAAUUAAUUGUCUUGGGAAUUUUGUAUCAUAUUAGUAUGGAUGAUAAAGCAAAAUCCAUGUUUAUUUAUACAGAUUGCAUUCCAGUGGUAAUGAAGAUGCUGUUAGAGAGUCCAGAGGAUGCAGAUAGAGAAUUGCUUGCUUUGUGUGUAAACCUUGCUGCUAGCAAACGAACAGCAGAGAUUAUAUCAGAGGGUAAUGGACUGAAGAUGCUGUAUAAAAGGGCUUUCAAAUUUAAAGAUCCAAUUUUAAUGAAGAUGUUAAGAAAUAUUUCACAACAUGAUGGUUUCACCAAAAAUUUGUUUAUUGAUUAUAUUGGAGACUUAGUAGAAGCAAUGAUGCAGAAGGAUAAUGAAGAAUAUGCCUUGGAAUGCUUGGGUAUUAUGGGGAAUCUGACCAUUCCUGAGCUGAAUUAUGAAUUGAUUCUCAAAGAAUAUAAUCUUGUGCCAUGGAUUAAGAAUAAACUUCAACCAGGUAACCAUGCUGAUGAUGUUGUGUUGGAAAUUGUCAUCCUUGUUGGUACAGUUUGCAAUGAUGAUAGCUGUGCAAAACUUUUGGCUGACGCUGGUAUUAUUCAAGCUCUUAUUGAACUCCUCAAUGCAAAACAAGAAGAUGAUGAAAUGGUUUGCCAGAUUGUGUAUGUGUUCUAUCAAAUGAUUUUCCAUGAGUCCACACGAGAAGUCAUCAUCAAACAAACUCAAGCUCCUGCCUAUUUGAUUGACCUAAUGAAUGAUAAAAAUACUGAAAUCCGCAAGGUCUGUGAUAACACUUUAGAUAUCAUUGCAGAAUAUGAUGAAGAAUGGGCCAAAAAAAUUCAGUUAGAAAAGUUUCGAUGGCAUAAUUCUCAUUGGCUGGAAAUGGUAGAGUCACGCCAAAUGGAAGAUAACAAUGAGUCAUACAUGUAUGGCGAUGAUGGCAUCAAUACUUUUCUGCAUGAUACUGACAUCCUGGACAGACCAGAACUGUUCUAUGGAACGUCAGGAUUUGACCCUGUGAUGAUGAUGGAUGGUCAUAUUACACCAGAAUACAUUGAUGACAAUGGCUUAUACAAUGGGAAUCCUGAUUAUAUGAUGACAGCAGGAAAUCCUUUUAAUCCCAGAUAUAGUGGAGAAUUUGAACCCUAUGUACGGCCUGAUACCCAGCUGGGUUUUAUUGUGGAUGGCCAACCAGUGGACGAAUAUGGGCGCCCUCUGGGAAUUUAUGGCCAUCCUCCAAUGGGAGACUACCACCUUGCUUAUCGCAAUGGUAAUAUGGAAGAAGAUUAUGCCUAUGAUAGACAAAACAACAGGGUGAUGGAGAAAUUGCAUGACAUUUGGUUGCAUUUAUAUUUUGAAACACUAUGCAUGAAUAAAUACAUCUUCAACUUUCAUACCACAUUGGUCAUCACCCAUGAUUGUUACCAGAAGGCCCUUUGCAGAAACCAAAGUCAUUGA